CCUAAAUUCUUCAAAUCGAGUCUUGCAUUUUCGCACGAUGAAGCCAAUGUUCAACAGCCCAAUUGAGGAUCUGAUCGAGCCAUGGAGGCCAAAGGGCCCAUCUCCAAGCAUCGUCUUUGGCCAUGCUAAUGUCAUUGACCCCGUUGAUGGUUCGGUCCAGGAAGAUGUUUCUGUUUACGUAGUCGGCGGUCACAUCAAAGCCAUAUCAAAGGAACUCGAGAUCAUCGACAGUGUGCAACAUAUCGAUCUGGACGGGAAGUUCCUCUGUCCCGGACUCAUCGAUUGUCACGUCCACCUCGUUGCGGUCCCAGGCGCCUCGGACUUAGAAUCAACUGCUCGCAUGACCCCAGCUAUUGCGGCUCUCCGAAUGCCAUACCUCUGCGGCCAAAUGCUCGACCGAGGAUUUACAAGUGUGCGAGAUUGCGGAGGAGCACAAGCUGCACUCAAACAAGCAAUCGACGAAAACCUCGUACGAGGUCCCCGACUUUUCAUCGCAGGCCACGGGCUCUCUCAGUCCGGUGGGAGUGGAGAAGAGCGCUCAAUCCACGAUCAUAAGCAGUCGUGCUGUGCAGCCAUUCUUACUGUUGCAAGGAUCUGUGAUGCAGUGCCGGAGUGUAUGAAAGCAGCAAGAGAAGAAUUGCGAUGUGGAGCGGACUUCGUCAAGAUCUUCGCUGGCGGAGGAGUCACUAGCCCUACCGGAUCUCUCGAUAAUCUCAACUUCUCAGUCGAAGAGAUUGCAGCUAUUGUCAAUGUGGCAAAGAAUGCUGGUACCUAUGUCACAGCCCAUGCGUACACCCCUGGAGCUAUUCGACAAGCCAUUGAACUCGGAGUCCGAUGUAUCGAACAUGGAAAUUUCAUUGACGAGUCCACAGCCAAGUUGAUGGCAGAAAAAGUCGCGUUCUUGACACCAACACUUGUCGCUUAUGCUGCAGUAGAAGCUUCCCCAUUUCCAAACUUCUUGGCCCGGGCCUCAGCUGCUAAAGUGAAAGGGACUCUCGAAGCGGGUCUGCGUUCUCUAAAAAUUGCAUCCGAGGCAGGCGUGACACUCUGUUAUGGAACUGACCUCUUGGGACCACUUCACGAUGCGCAGACCCAUGAGUUCUCACUUCGCAGACAAGUUUUGACGGAUUUGACGGCUCUGCAAAGCGCCACUGUCAAUGCUGCGAAGAUGAUGGGACAAGACAAGUUGGGCGCCCUGAGGCCAGGAUUCCUGGCUGACUUCAUAAUCUUGAACAAAAACCCUCUGGAAGAUGUUACGAUUCUUGAUGAUCCUGACAAGCAUCUUCUAGCUGUUGUGAAAGGUGGACGUGUGGUUUCGAGUAGGUGGUCGAAGGUCACGGCAGAGGAGAGCCAUCAUUUGCCACAGAUCGAAUAGACUGGAAGAGAUGAACUGGAACUAUACGAACAUGUUCUCUGCAUUGCAUUCUGAUAUUCGCUAGAAU